UUCGGCAAUGCGCCAAAGAAGCCCGUAGGAAAGCCGGUCACAAUGAAGGCCAAGCCCAAGGCCAAGCCUAAGGCCGAGCCCAAGUCCAAGAGACGCGUCAUCGAAUCCGACUCUGAGGAUGACAUGGCUGAAAGUUCCUCGCCUCCAACCCCGCCAACCAAGCAACAAAAGACAGAGAAGCUCGAGCCAACAGAUGCUGCGGAGUACUUCGGUGCCAGAUCCACCCGGACCCGCGUGGCGAGGCUGAAACCGCUGACUGUGGUCAGCAUGGACUCGGAUGAGGCAAUGAGCGACGCUAGUGACGAUUUUAAACCUAAGGAAGAGGAUUUUGACGAUUUUGACGAUGAUUUUGACGACGAUGAUGUUGAAAUGUUGGACGUGAUUGAGAAAAAGUAUCUGCAGACGGAGCCUGCCGUGCUGGAGCCAAACGUGGAAGUUGAGCCAGCGGCGAAGCCUGUAACUAAGCCAGUAGCGAAGGCUAAACCUGCGGCUAAGCCCGCGACUAAACCCGUCACUGCCACCACAGGCGGCGUCACUGCCGAGGACAUCCUCCUCACCAUCCCUAAUGCGGAUCUUCCGGAGGAUGAAGACACCACCGGAAAGUCCUUCCGCGACUUCAAGGCCCGCCAGGCAACGCUCCCCCAACCCCUGGGUGAAACGCCCCUUCCAGAAGGCUCGCCCAACUGUCUCAACGGCCUUACGAUGGUCUUCACCGGUGUCCUUCCGACCCUUGAGCGUGACGCUGCAGAAGCGCUCGCAAAGCGCUACGGCGCAAAGGUCACCAAGUCCAUCUCGGGGAAAACCAGCGUAGUGGUUCUCGGCGAUGAAGCUGGUCCGUCCAAGGUCAAGAAGAUCAAGUCGCUCAAAAUCAAGGCCAUCACGGAAGACGGGUUCAUCCAGCUCAUCCGCGGUAUGCCCAUCGACGGGGGUGAUGGCGAGGCAGCGCAGAAGACAAAACAGAAGCGUGAGAAGGAAGAGGCCAAGAUCAUCGCGGAAGCCGUCCGCGUGGAGGCAGCAGAGCGCGCGCGCGAAGAAGAAGAAGCAGCCGUCCGUGCAGACGCUGCGCGUGCCAGUCUGAGUGUGCGUGCUGAACCCGCCCGCCGUGUAAUCCCCAGCAGCGAAAAGUUGUGGACAACCAAGUACGCGCCCACGGAUCUCAACCAACUCUGUGGUAACAAAGGCUCCAUUGCCAAGCUCCGCAUGUGGCUCACGAACUGGUCAGAGUAUGCAAAGGCCGAUUUCAAGGACCCGGGCCCCGACGGAUCCGGGGUAUUCCGUGCCUGCUUGAUCAGCGGGCCGCCUGGGAUCGGCAAAACGUCCGCCGCGCACCUUGUUGCAAAGUCGCUUGGGUACGAUGUCUUGGAAAAGAACGCGUCGGACGUGCGGAGCAAGUCGCUUCUUCACGCGAAUCUCAAGGAUGUGCUCAGCAACACGUCUGUCGUGGGUUUCUUUUCCCAUAACAAUGAUGUGGUCAAUGCUAACAACAAGAAAUUCUGUGUGAUCAUGGACGAAGUUGAUGGUAUGUCUUCCGGUGAUCGAGGCGGCGCCGGCCAGCUCUCGGCAUUCUGUCGCGUGACAAAAAUGCCAAUGAUUCUCAUCUGCAACGACAGGCUGUUGCCAAAGAUGCGUACGUUCGACCGCACAACGCUCGAUAUUCCGUUCCGGAGACCGGACACAAAUGCGGUCAAGGGCCGCUUGAUGACCAUCGCGCACCGCGAGGGCAUUUCUUUGGAUCCCAACGUGAUUGGGCAGCUUGUCGAGUGCACCCACAACGAUAUCCGCCAGAUGAUCAACCUUUUGUCGACGGUUUCUAAAACCCAGAAGGCGAUUGGGUUUGACAACCUGGCUGAAAUCACGAAGCUGUGGGCGAAACACGUGGCGUUGCAGCCGUUUGAAAUCACGGGGAGGUUGCUUUCCGGGGGCUUGUACCAUGAAAACUCCCAGGUGUCGCUUAACUCGAAGAUUGAGCUCUAUUUUAACGAUAUCGAAUUUACCCCGAUCAUGAUGCAGGAAAACUACCUCAACACCAGGCCGGCACGCGCAACGAGUGCGCGCGCGCACUUGGAGUUGGUGACGCGCGCGGCAGACUCCAUUUCAGAGUCGGACAUAGUCAACUCGUUGAUCCGCAGCGGCGAGCAGCAGUGGUCGCUCCUUCCAUUCCAUGCAGUGAUGUCGUCAGUGCGUCCUGGUAGCUUUGUUGCUGGCAACGUUACGUCACGCAUCAACUUUGCGGGCUGGUUGGGCCAAAACUCGCGCCAGAUGAAGUUCACACGCAUUCUCCAGGAAUUGCAGUAUCAUACACGCCUUCGCACGUCUACCGACAAGACUCAGUUGCGCUUGGAGUAUCUUCCGGCGUUGACCGCAAAACUCACGCAUCCGUUGCUCGCAAAUGGACUGGCGGGCAUCGACGAGGUGAUUGAAACGUUGGAUCACUACUACCUUUCGAAGGAGGACUGGGACUAUUUGAUAGAGAUGCGCGUGGGUACGAAUAACAUCUUGAACGGAAUUCCGGCCGCAACCAAGUCGGGGUUCACGAGAAAGUACAACUCGAUGACCCAUCCCGUCGUGAUUUAUAAGACGGGUAAUUCCGUAGCUGCCGCGAGAAGUGCCACCGUGGACUACGAGGAUGUUGUGGAGGAUGAUACGGCCAAGAGUGAUAAGGAGGAAGAGGAGGAAAGUGACGACAAGAUUGAUUUUGCCAAAGACAAGUUGAUCAAGCAGGGCAAGCCGAAGAAAAAGGCAGUAAAGGCCAAAAAGGCGGCGAAAAAGGCCAAAUAGGAUUUGUAUAUGAUUUAUGAAUCGGUAUGGAACCUAGGUGUAGGUGCUUUUGUUAAUGGGUGCUGCCGUGGCGAGCUGUGAAGUUAAAAUUGGUUGGUUUAUUUGUACGUAUGUUAUGGCGAAGCCAAAUCUAAACCGCCCUAGGGUCUAAGCAUAGCUAAGUUUGCAUAUUUUUCCGACCUGGGUUAACUCCAACCUUGAAGUUGAAUUUGCAAGUUUAAAGUAUUCGAAUUUGGGUG